CAACGUAUUGAAGGUAAAGGAUUCGUACGGCGUGGUGCCUUACGACAAAAGAAUAUCCAUGAAAUUAAGUCUCAUAAAUUUAUUGCACGUUUCUUCAAGCAGCCUACGUUUUGUUCGCACUGUAAAGACUUCCUCUGGGGGUUAAAUAAGCAAGGUUUCCAAUGUCAAGUUCAAUCUUGGCUACGUGGAUAUACAUACUAUCUCGAUUUUUUUGCAGUUUGUACUCUCGUCGUCCACAAACGCUGCCACGAAUUUGUUAACUUUUCAUGUCCAGGAGCCGAUAAAGGAGUCGAUACAGACGAUCCUCGGCAGCAACAUAAGUGGAAAGUGCAGACUUAUUCUUCGCCGACGUUUUGUGAACAUUGUGGUUCACUACUUUAUGGAUUAAUUCACCAGGGCAUGAAAUGUCAGUCUUGUGAUGCAAAUGUUCAUCACCGCUGCGUUCGCUAUGUACCCAACAUGUGUGGAACUGAUCAUACGGAAAAGCGGGGUCGAAUAUUUCUAGAAAUCACUGCUAAGAGUGAAAUCCUUACAAUUUUCGUAAAGGAAGCUCGAAAUCUCGUUCCUAUGGAUCCUAAUGGGCUUUCCGAUCCAUAUGUGAAACUGAAGCUAAUUCCUGAGGACGGAGGAUGCAAAUCGAAACAAAAAACAAAAACUCUUCGAGCUACUCUGAAUCCGGAAUGGAACGAAAAAUUCACGUACAAACUGCAACCAGGAGAUAGAGAUCGGCGACUAUCGAUUGAGGUUUGGGACUGGGAUAGAACAUCUCGAAACGACUUCAUGGGAAGCUUGUCAUUUGGAAUUUCCGAGCUUUUCAACGAGCCAGUUUCCGGAUGGUUUAAACUACUAAAUAUGGAUGAAGGUGAGUACUAUAACAUUAACAUUUCCCCCGAGUACGAAGAAGAGAUGGAAAAGAUGCGCAAAAAAGUUGCAGACUCAAAAGAAGUGUGUAGGCAACAAGGAGCUGUUCCUAAAACCACGGGAGAGUCCACGAAGGCAUAUCCCAUCGCAACGCUGAACAACACUAUAAAGGCUUCUGACUUCAAUUUCAUUACAGUGCUUGGAAAAGGAUCAUUUGGAAAGGUGCUACUGGGCGAAUACAAAUUGACCAAAGAGCUUUUUGCUGUAAAGGUCCUUAAAAAAGAUGUAAUUAUACAAGACGAUGAUAUUGAAUGUACAAUGACUGAAAAACGGGUAUUGGCAUUACCGGAAAAGCCGCCAUUUUUAGUAUCACUUCACAGCUGCUUUCAAACUAUGGACCGCCUUUAUUUUGUAAUGGAAUUCGUAAAUGGCGGUGAUUUGAUGUAUCAAAUACAGCAAAUUGGAAAAUUCAAGGAACCGGUGGCAGUAUUUUAUGCAGCAGAAAUCGCAAUUGGUUUAUUCUUCUUGCACUCCAAAGGAAUAAUUUAUAGAGACCUGAAAUUAGAUAACGUUAUGCUGGAGAGAGAUGGCCACAUUAAAAUCAUUCUCUACCACCCGUAUGGAAAGUCGGUUGACUGGUGGGCAUAUGGAGUGCUUCUUUUCGAAAUGUUGGCUGGGCAGCCUCCGUUCGAUGGUGAAGACGAGGAUGAACUUUUUACUGCUAUCACAGAGCAGAACGUCUCAUACCCAAAGAGCCUUUCUAAGGAGGCAGUCUCUAUUUGUAAAGCAUUUUUAAAUAAGGAGCCUUCAAAGCGACUUGGAUGCUCAAGGAAAAAUUCAGUGGAUGAAAUGGACAUCAAGGAACACCCAUUUUUCCGAAGGAUCGAUUGGUACAAGGUCGAAAAGCGUCAGGUUCAACCACCGUUCAAACCAAAAUUAAAGUCCCCGGAUGACGUGUCGAACUUCGACUCAGAAUUCACUCACGAAAUACCAAAGCUGACGCCGAUUGAUCGUCUCUUCCUCGUGAAUCUAAAUCAGACCGAGUUCGAGGGAUUCUCUUAUGUAAAUCCGGAGUAUGUACAAGAAAUUUAG